GCGCGCCCAGUCUGGCCGAGCGUCGCGCACCGCGAGGCCGCUCCACAAGGCUGCACUCCGCUCCGGGAGAAGGCCGCGCACGACCGCGCCGAGCCGCGCACCGCCCGUUCGCAGUCAACAAGGCCCAUCGCGUCCAGCGCGUUCUGGGCGCCCUCGUGUCCUCGUGCGAACCUAUACCGCGCCGCCAUCGGAGAGGCGAUCCUCGGGGAACAACGCGGAAUGUCGCCACUUCUAGCAUCGCCGGACCCAGGGUCGUGUUGAGGGUCAUGCCCGAGCAGAGAUGCGCCACCUGGACGACAGACCGGCGCACCCGCUGACAGCAUGCCAUGGAGCGCUACGAGUCCUUGGGCGUGGUGGGCGAGGGCUCGUACGGCCUGGUGCUGCGGUGCCGCCACCGGGAGAGCGGCCAGCUCGUGGCCGUCAAGAAGUUCAUCGAGACCGAGGAGGACCUCACGGUGCGCAAGAUGGCGCUCCGGGAGAUCCGCAUGCUCAAGAAACUUCGGCACGAGAACCUGGUGAGCCUGUUGGAGGUGUUUCGGCGCAAGCGGCGCUUCUACCUCGUGUUCGAGCUUAUGGACCACACGGUCCUGGACGAGCUCGAGGAACGGCCCGGUGGUCUCGGAAACCACACAACACGACAACACAUCUUCCAGGUGCUGCGCGCCGUAGAGUUCUGUCACGCCAACAAUAUCGUGCACCGGGACGUCAAGCCUGAGAAUGUGCUCGUGUCGCGCCUCGGCGUGGUCAAGCUGUGCGACUUCGGCUUCGCCAGGCUGCUGGCUUCGCCGGGCAAGACGUACACCGACUAUGUGGCUACGCGGUGGUACCGCGCGCCUGAGCUCCUCGUCGGGGACAACAAGUACGGCAAGGCCGUGGACGUGUGGGCGGUGGGUUGCCUGUUCUCCGAGAUGCUGAGCGGCGACCCGCUGUUCCCCGGCCAGUCGGACAUCGACCAGCUCUUCCAGAUCAUCAAGGUCCUCGGCAAGCUGUCCCCGCGACACCAGCAGCUGGCCGCCCGCAACCCCAUGCUGCGCGGCCUCAAGCGCGGCGCCCUGUCCGGGGCCCCGGGGCCGCCGCCGCCCUCCUCGACGCCGGUGACGGUGCCCGUGGCCGUGCCGCCGCCAGCGUGCGGGCCGGCAGGGGACGAGGGCGCCCGGUCAUUGGCCACGCUCUUCCCGUCCUGGCCGCGCCUCGCACUCGACGCCGUGGCGCUCUGCUUGCGCCUUGACCCGGUGCACCGGCCGCCCGCCGAGCAGCUGCUCCGCCACCCCUACUUCACCCAUGACCGCUUCCCGGACAGGUUCGUCCCCGAGCUGCGCGCCAAGGUGCAGCAGGAGUACUCGAGCAACCCACUACUGCGCAGGCUCCACGGCUCGGGCACCAGCCUGACCAGCGCCAGGAGCACGGGCCAUGACGGCCACCACGCCGCCGAGGACCCAGGCAAAGGUGCCCUCACCACGACACAGCUGCGCCGCGCGCCCAGCCUGCAGCACCAUCCGCAGCACCAACACCAUCACGCCCAGCAGGAGCAGGAACACCCGGCAGCAGUCCCGGACGCCGCCCCGAGCCGGUGGCGACGCAGCGAACAGGCGUCCACGCCUGUUGACGUGCCCAUGGAGGACCUGGCGCCAGUGCCACGGAUCCGAGCGGAGCCCGCCGCGACGGCCGAGGAUGCCCUGUCACUGCUGGAGCAGCACGUCCCCGAAUUGGAGGAGUCUGAGCAGUCCCACCACGCAGAGACACUGGAGCCACCACUGCGAGUCAGGUCUCCGGACCAGACCGAGCUGUCGCAGCCGCAGCCCUUCCAGACGCCCAGUCCGCGCCGGCAGCACAACCUGCUCUCGCAGGACGCCUACCAGCCCAGGCCCGACCAGGGUCCCCACCAGCAACCCAUGCAUCAGGACGCGGAGCAGCAGACGCUCGAGCCAGUGGCCAAUGCGCCCUGGCUACAGCUGCAGGUGUCGGGCGAACCGCAGCUGCUAUCCAUCAACAACCUCAGCUUCAACCCCUCCAGCCAGAUGCACAUGAACGCGCUCAGGUCAGAGGCCCUGAAGCGCUCUCCCCUCCCGGGCGGCCCCAUGGUGCCCACGGCGGUGCCCCCCGCCAGGCUACCGGGGCGCCACGGUGGCCCCGCGGCGGGGGCGGCAGCAGGGGUGGGCCAGACCCACCACGGCCCCGGCCACGGCCACGGCGCCCCCUCCAACGCCCCCCUCGGCCCGGUGGUGGGCGCGCCGCGGCAGCUCCUCAUGGCACGCCGUCUGGACCGACUGGAGCGGGCCUCCAUCCUGGAGCCGGACCACGGGGUCCACGCCGUGCACGGCGGUGGCCGCUGGAAGCCCCCCGCGCUGACCGGCGGCCGACCGGAGGACGACUUCUGCCUCCCCAACGUGCCCGGAGCGUCAGGCAGUCCGAGUAAGGGCAGAAGGAAGCCCAACGCGGCACCGAGCCUCGCCGGACAGCACGGAGGAAAUGGCGUUGGGUUGAGAGCGACUCUCCGGGAAGAUCACUCGCUGUCGCCGGGGCUCCUGCAAUUGCAUCCAACCAAGAUCAGAUACUGGGGAAAUACACCGGCGAAGCAGAUGAAAUGACCAGCUGUGCUGUAAUGCAGUACCGAGUACCUGAUGAUUUUGCAGGCAUGUAGUUAGCUGGCACCCGGUACCCAGUACCGUAGUCGCUGUACAUUCCUUUCUUCCCUCUCGUUUUGGCGACCUGUUAAUUUUUCUGUGCAUCCUAUAAGAUGUGCAAAAUUACUGAAAGGUCAUCAAAGAGUUGUGGUACCUGCUUUCCAAAAACAUCUUUUUAAACAGAUAAUUGCACAUAGGUGACGUGUAUCGUCUAUAACGUAGAAAAUUAGAGUUCUUGAUGUGAGUUAGAAAAACUGUGAUAUUUUUCACCAUCCCCACACAAAACAAUAUUGAACUGAGGUAUAGAUAAAAACCACAACUUCAUGUUGAGCCAUGAGAGAAGGGGUCCUUCUCCCAUGGUUGAGCAUUGCGAUUAAGUAUUUGACUAUGACACUGUCUCC